AUGAACACGGUUAAAUCUUUCUGGUUUGGAUGGGGCUCUCUCUGCGCCGCCGGCGGUGUCGCGUACGUCUUUGCCAAGCGCAGCAUCAAUGCUGAUCGCAUGGCGCGGCUCAACGAGCAGCGGCAGCGCAAGUCGAUGGCCGAGUCGCUCGAGCGCACGGCGGCCUUCAAUGGCGACGCCGCGCGGACGGACACGGCCGGAUCGCCCAGCCAGGAAUCCAGCUCGGAUCCAGCGCCGACAAGACACGCUCCAGCAACCGAAGGGCAGCGGGUGCUGGAGAAGAGCAAGUACGAGAGUACCGUGCCGUUUCGAAGUACCAAGGGCGACAGGUUCUCCUGA